CCUCUCUCGCCGAUCGACUGAAUCGCCUUCUCUCUCGUUCGUCUCUUCACUGACUUUACCGGUCAGAGGAUCUUCAGGUGGCAAGUAUUUUGCGCAAGUGAAGGGAAGGAAAAAGAAUCGAUUUUUCUUCCGUGUGGUCAUUUAGGAGAGACUUUUGUGAAACAAGUUUAUAUACAGUUGUCUAGUUAUUGAUGGAACUUGAAAAUUUGGCUGAGGGAUUGAAGGAAUACCAGUAAUUGUGGGGCCAAUUUAGGGAAAUAAGGUUUUGAUUGCAAACAUGUAUCGGCCUGUGGCUACCACCACUACCCGAGGUGGAUUACCAACGGAUAAUGGGGAUUCAGUGGUGACAUUGGACCAAGUUCCACGUUGGAGUGAUGCCGAGUACAAGUUCUCAUUUGAGAAUGAAGAUCCCGGCUUUCCAAAUUUGUACUUCCCUGACCCUUUAGCUUCUUCAUCAGGGGCAAAGAGUAGUGGAAAUGGUAUGGUGUGUAGGUUUCCAGUGGACCAUGAAAUCAACUCGAAGAUUUAUCUUUGGAGGGGUAACCCUUGGAAUCUUGAGGUGGAUGCUGUUGUUAACUCCACAAAUGAGAAUCUUGAUGAAGCACACAGCAGCCCUGGUUUGCAUGCUGCAGCUGGUCCUGGUCUUGCAGAAGAAUGUGCAGCACUGGGUGGGUGCCGAACAGGGAUGGCUAAGGUUACUAAUGCAUAUGACCUUCCUGCAAGGAGGAUUAUCCACACUGUGGGUCCCAAGUAUGCAGUGAAAUAUCAUACUGCUGCCGAGAAUGCUUUGAGCCACUGUUAUCGGUCUUGCCUUGAACUUCUGAUUGAGAAUGGGCUUCAAAGUAUUGCUAUGGGCUGUAUAUAUACAGAGGCAAAAAAUUAUCCUCGUGAACCUGCUGCUCAUGUAGCAAUAAGAACUGUGAGACGGUUUCUCGAAAAACAGCAAGACAAGAUAACUGCUGUUGUUUUCUGUACUACGACAACAACUGAUACUGAGAUAUACAAAAGAUUGCUUCCACUUUAUUUUCCUCGGGAUGAACAUGAGGAGGAAGUGGCCAUUUCAAAACUUCCAGCAGAUGUUGGGGACGAAAAUGGCGAGACAGUUAUAGAUGAACGUAAAAUCAGAAUAAGGCCUUUGCCUGAUGUCAAAAAGACUGUUUCUAAACCUCUUCAAGCAUCAAUGGAUCUUCCUGUCAGUGAUGUUGGGUUGGCAAGACGGAACUCAUCAUAUCUGGAUUCGUACUUGGAUCCGGCUUUCAUGUCCCUGAUUAAGGAUCCAGACGAAAGACGCAAGGAACAAUGGGAAAAAACUGCUCAAGCACAGAGCGGGUGGAAUUGUGCUAAAAUGCUUGGAUAUGGUGAUCUUGGAGGGCCUCCAUUGUCAGCUGCUGAAGAAUACUCCCUUCAUUCUCGAUAUCUUGCUAAAGCAAAUUCUGUUAACCUUUCUGAAAUUGCGGAAAUGAAGAUUGUGUACCGUGGGGGGGUUGAUAGUGAGGGUCGUCCAGUGAUGGUGGUUGUGGGAGCACAUUUUCUGCUGCGGUGUCUUGAUCUGGAACGAUUUGUGCUAUAUGUAGUAAAGGAGUUCGAGCCCUUGAUACAGAAGCCUUAUACCAUUGUCUACCUCCAUUCCGCAGCAUCAUUGCAGAUACCUGCAUCUUGGACUACUAGGCAACCGGACCUUGGAUGGAUGAGGAGAGUACAGCAAAUACUCGGCCGCAAACACCAGCGAAACCUUCAUGCAAUAUAUGUUCUUCACCCGACAUUUGGACUGAAGGCUGCAAUUUUGGCUAUGCAACUGUUCGUGGAUAGUUUGGUGUGGAAAAAAGUCGUAUAUGUUGAUCGCCUUUUGCAGCUAUUUAGAUAUGUUCCUCGCGAACAGCUAACCAUCCCCGACUUUGUGUUUCAGCACGAUUUGGAAGUGAAUGGAGGGAAAGGUCUGAUUGUGGACCCGAGAACGAAGUACGUAUACCAAAGAACAUAGUUGUUGCAUUUCAGAAUUGGAGCAAGUGAUUGAGCGGAGUCUACCGGAUUGUUGGUUUUCUUCAUUGUAUCUUCUCUGUUUUUUUGCAUUUUUAAUCUUAUUGUUUGUGCAAGGGAAUUGGGGUUGUGAUGGGUCUAAGUAUUUUGUAUAGUACAAGUGAAAUUUCAUUCUUUGUAUGUUGUAAUGGUUAGUUUAGAUUAUUUUACUUGAAAUAAAUGUUUUGGGAUCAAUGUUCUUGUUUAUUUUUGCAGAUGGAAAUAAAAGUAUUUUUUAAUGUUUCA